UAAUCCUCCUCCCCCCUACCUUACCUCCCACACCCACCACGCAAGGCGUCAUCUCGCUUUACUUCACAUCCACUGGGUGGUGUGAGAGGGCGUGCGUUAACAGCGGUGGCGCGGGAGAGUGCACGGAGAGAGUGGAGAAGGAUAGAGAGAGAGAGAGAAGCACAACAAAGGGAGAGAGGCACAGAGAGAGAGGGAGGGAGAGAGAGUCGCACACAUACACACACGCAGAGAGAGAGAGAGAGACGCGCACACGCGGAGAGCUAGGAGACGUGACGCUGUAGACACAGUCGCCUGACCGGUGACCUGGAGAGACGCUCUCCGCGGAGAGGAUUCGGAGACGGAAGGGAGACGGGAGAGCGAGCAGGGAGAGAACAACAGCGAGGCGAGAGUUGAAGGGAGGUGAGAGGCUGUGGCUGGAGGAGGAGGAGGGAGGCUGGAUGCGUGAAGAAAACAAACAUGGCUUCGUGAGCAAGGCAGCAGCAGCAGCUGUGGAAAGACGCGACCCGGUUCACAGUGGAAGGGACCUCGAAGAUCGCGGUUUUGGUUUUAAUUGAAGGAGACAAUAGUCUGCAAGGAAUCCAUCCAUCACCACCAUCGCCACCCCCCCCCCAUCAUCAUCGCCGUCACCAUUCGGGAUGCAAUCAAAGGCAGCCUCCAGUUCUCGCCGUUGCCUUUCCAUCGCGAUAUACCGAGUAUAGAAAAUAUACGGAAUGCUACGAAGCGUUGGUGUAUUAUUUAUUGUUUUAGAAAAACAUAGGUGAAAAAUUGAAGACGCCCCGGUGCGGGCCUCAGCCUUCGGUAUCGUCUAGAAACCCUCCGCCGCCUUCGGCUUCGCCUUCCCCGCAGUCGCUGCCGACCCCGGCGGUCCCGACGCCGCGGAGUCGACCCGACUUUUUCUCGCCGUAGGCUUUAUCAGGCCGGCGACGUCUUUUUGCAAUCGUCUCCGUAAGUCGCAGGCUCCGUCUCGAGCGGCUGUCUUUGUCAUUGUCGUAGUUACGACGAAGAGAGAGAGAGAGAAGAUUCCCGGACUCGGAAGACGAAGAACGUACGCCGGGGUUACCACCGACCCCCGCCUGAGCACCCUGCGGGCCAGUGCGCGCCUCUGUCGGAGGCGGCGUCAGGCUGCGAGGGGGUCGGGGUGGACGGGUCAGGCCUGCUGUCUCCGCUAAUCGCCAUGUUGCGAGACAUCUAUUAAUGUUAUUGUUAUAUAGUAAAACCGUCAAUAUACAUGGUCUUUAUAACACUAACAUUGGUAGCUGAUAGGUGUCCGUCUUCGUUACCUCGACGCUACGCUGCCCAAACAAAACGUCUAAAUGCGAUAGCAACAGAGAGGUUAGGUUUCGUUCCGUGUGCGGUCAAGGCGUCAUUGCAUUUCAACUCGUCUUCUUAUCACCAGGAGCAGUAGGACUGCCGCAUUCUUAAUUUAUUGAUGUAUAAGCGAAGCCGGGCAUGGUUGCGUAAAGUCUGCGAGGGACUUUUGUCCGUCGUGGUGGUGGCGGCGUCGGUGGAAAUCGCGAGCGCGGAGCCCUCGCGACUCGAGACCAUCGCAAUGACGGAGCAGACAUACUCGUGGGCAUAUUCGUUGGUGGACUCCAGCCAGGUGUCCACCUUCCUCAUCUCCAUCCUGCUCAUCGUCUACGGGAGCUUCCGGUCCCUAAACAUGGAUGAGCCGGGCCCCGGAGAGAAGGACAAGGAGGGUGGCAGUCACUCACCCAACUGCACGGGGGCUUCGAGCACCAACAACAGUACGCAGCGCAUCCAGACAAUAGACUCGACGCAGGCGCUCUUCCUGCCCAUCGGCGCGUCCGUGUCGCUGCUCGUCAUGUUCUUCUUCUUCGACUCGGUGCAGGUCGUCUUCACCAUCUGCACCGCGGUGCUCGCGACCAUCGCGUUUGCGUUCCUGCUGCUGCCCAUGUGCCAGUACCUGACGCGGCCCUGCUCCUCCCAGAACAAGAUCUCGUUUGGCUGCUGCGGUCGCUUCACAACGGCCGAGCUGCUCUCGUUCUCGCUCUCCAUCGCCCUCGUCCUCAUCUGGGUGCUCACCGGACACUGGUUGCUCAUGGACGCGCUAGCGAUGGGCCUGUGCGUCGCGAUGAUCGCGUUCGUGCGACUGCCCAGCCUCAAGGUGUCCUGCCUGCUGCUCUCCGGCCUGCUCAUCUACGACGUCUUCUGGGUGUUCUUCUCCGCAUACAUCUUCAGCAGCAACGUGAUGGUGAAGGUGGCCACGCAGCCGGCCGACAACCCCAUCGACGUGCUGUCGCGCAAGCUGCACUUCCCGCAGGGGGGGCGCGACGGCCCCCGCCUCUCGCUGCCCGGAAAGCUCGUCUUCCCCAGUUCGAGCGGAAGCCACUUCUCCAUGCUGGGCAUCGGCGACAUCGUGAUGCCCGGGCUGCUGCUGUGCUUCGUGCUGCGCUACGACAACUACAAGAAGCAGGCGAACGGCGUGGACCCAGACGCAGCGUUCCCCAGCCGCAUGCAGCGCGUCUCCUACUUCCACUGCACCCUCAUCGGAUACUUCAUCGGUCUCCUGACGGCCACCAUCGCGUCCCGCAUCCACCGGGCCGCUCAGCCCGCGCUGCUCUACCUGGUGCCCUUCACGCUGCUGCCGCUGCUCACGAUGGCCUAUCUCAAGGGCGACUUGCGACGCAUGUGGUCCGAGCCCUUCCAAGCCAAGAACGGCGGCUCCAAAUUUCUCGACGUAUGAUGGGAGCUGCGCGUACCCCGUCCCGGAAUUCUGCCAGCGCCGGCCAUCGCCCUGCCCAACCCGGAGCCCCCGAACGUCAGCACGUACACAGCGCCCAAGGCCUGGACUGUCUCCCCUCCAGCGGUGCCCGCCCGCUAGCCCGCCCGCUAGCCCGCCCGCUAGCCCAUACACCACGGGCUGGUGGCAUUGGUCAAGAAAGACGUGCUGAAUUAAUUUGUCCACUUACUCCCCCACACACCCACAAUCCCCAACCAAACCUCGAGCUCCUUCGGACCAUAACUGAAGUGCACAACCCAUUGGUUUGGAAGUUCUGUUUAGUUACGUUUUCCAGUUUAUUUUGUACCGUUUGUAUUUCCUUCCACCAGUCGUUCUGUUUUUUUUUAUCGUUUCUAUUUAUUGCUUCGUUGUUAUUUUUUUUUUCACGCGAAAUAAGAAUGGAAAAAAAGGGACCCCACUUUGACCGACGCCCCCCUGCCCCUGUCCGGGCACCGUCGAUCACGGAGCGUUCGUGGCCACCCUUGUGGCUUCUCCAAUUCGACCGCCACUGCACCGUCGCAUGCACGGCGCCAUCUGUGUGUCACACAAGCCCCCAGCCGUUGUGAAGUUCAGGGUUCGUCGUUUUGUGUGUUUUGGUUUGGGUCAUGGGGAGGAAGGGUGGUGGUGAGCGAGGUAGGGGCUAGGUUGUUACUUGCUUUUUUUGUUGUUUUUAAUUCAAGACUGACUUCGGAUCGUUGCUGUGCACGCGAGCCGUGGAUGAUGCGCGAGAUCCCCCGUUGCUCAUUUAGACGGAGGAGCGAUCGGAGCCCUGGCGACCGAUGCCUCAGGUUGAUUCCCCCCAUUCUGCCACAUGCCCCCCCCUAUUCCCCGCAACACCCCCCCCCCCCCAGGCCCCUUGCCCACUGGGACUCAUGAUCAGUGGCGGCAGUAGCAGUAACAGCUGCCACCACUGUCCCCUAGCGGCAAGACAUCCGCACUCUAUGUUUACAAUGAACACGAGAUGAGUGGCCACCGGUCUGCGUCUACCCUUCUGGGGGGGGGGGUAGGGGAGGACCUCCCUCCCUCUUCUGCCAUCUGACCCCGUAACCCUGGAACGCAUCUUAACCCACCGCGAGAUCCGAAGCGUGACUUCUUAACGCGGAGCGGGAGGGGCGUUUUUUUACGAACGUCUUUUACAGGUUUUGUAGUUUUUGUCGUUCCAUUGUUUGUGUCGUCACCGUUGUCAUCGUCGUCGUCUUUUGAGUUGUAACUACGGUGGACGCUGCUGUGUGCAGUGGAGCGAGAGGGGUCAGAGGUCGUACAGAAGUUGGGGUGAUGGGGGGGGAAGAGGUCGCUCAUUGCCAUCCCAACCACUGUGGUCCCUCAGCCACCUCACCAGGGCGUCUGGUGGCCACGUGGCCCGUCUAUUUAAAUGGCCUCUUGUCAUUGCUACGAAUAUUGUUGUUAUUAAUAAGUAUAUAUAAUCAACUACUGUACAUUAAAUCCACGGCACUGCCAGUGGCUGCUUGCGGUGUGUAAUGCAGUGCCAAAGGUGACUAAAUAAAGCAAAUUAAUUUGCGGCAGGGGUGGAGUUGGGUGUCUGGGGCGUGUAAAAUGACGUUCUCGGUCAUUUGACUCGUCGUUGCGUUAGAAAUUAAAAUGUUCUCUGGCGGCUCGGCCGUUGGCGAACCGUCGAGACUCGCAGACCUACAUCUCGGCAAGAACGCGUGCACAGACAAGGAAAAAAAGCAAAGCGAUGCAGAAAAGGUGCGGCGAACGUCGAAAGCCUCUGCUGGUCACCCGUGUAGUCAUCUUGACGACACCAGCGUGGCAGCCCGUGGUGCCAGACGCUGGUGCUACGGGAGUACACAUUUCGUUUGAACGUGUGCACUCGUGUGACGAUUCCGACGCGUGCACGUAUGGCGUGUGCGGUUCCAGUGGGGUUAUGGGAGGAGGGUGGUUUGUGUUGCUUCUUGCGCCAAACCAAGUCGCCCCCUUCUUGACCUUCCCAGCCUUCCAGCCGUGCUGCUCGCUUCAUUGCGAGCCCACGUUCGGACACUUCGUCCAUCGCAGCUUCUCACCAAGAGCACGUUUGAAGGCGUGUACGGAUUACGUCGGUAAGAGGCUAACAAACCCGCGUUAAUAAAAAAAAAUGUGUACGAGGACAGCUGGAGCUUGCCCUGGCUCGGACGCUUAACGCCGACCUCUGCUCAGCCGCUAAGCGGAACUAGUAAUGCGUUUUGCCUUCCUGAGCAAGGUUGACAACUUCACCCUCCUAUAAUCCACUUGACUUGACCUCGAUCAAGGUGUACGGUGAGGGGUGGGUGGGUGGAACCAUUGCGGAUUUUGGAGGGGGCAAGCAGCUGUGGGGUAAUCCCAUUGUCAAAUAAUAAGCAAAGGGUGUGCGGGGGGGGUGGGGUUGGUGUUUAAUGAUGGCUAUUGUUAUUAUUCAACAUACCUGAACAUUAUUUUGAAGCAUUCUUACAUGCGUGUCACGGUGUGUAACAUUUAUGUACGAGUGGUGUACAGCGUGAAGUUAUUGCGACUUUAACAUUGAUUGUGCGGGAGGGGGGGAAGAGGGCGGGGGUUGGGGGUAGUCCCCCCCCCCCCCAUUUAACUCUGGGAUUCGCGUUUGAAUUGUCCUGGGGCAGUUGAUCGAAAACUGUUGCUUGUUGCGUCCGGAUUCGAGCCGCGUCUCGGUAACGCGUGUGAACAUGCCGGUAUUUUCUUGAAAGAACCAACAAAUGUGUCGCCACUUCAGGUUCUCCCGUGGGAAAUCGAUAAUAAUAAUGAAAAAGAUGUAUCGGGCGCAUUUAAAAGUAACGUAAGACCGUAGUUAAAACAAAACGGUCGUUACAAAAACGUUACGAUUGAAAGUGAACCCACGUCAAAUUUCGCGGAUACGAAUGAUGAGAAAGUGAACCCGGAUGAUUUGUUUUUAUUUUGGAAACCAAUCUCAAAAAGUUAAACUGACACGAGGAUUUAUGAAUUCGCCACUUUUGACAAACAAUUUUAAUAAAACGCGAUCCGGGAGAGGAGAGAGAACCCCCCCCCCCCCUCCUAAACAGAUGAUAUUACAAAUCGCCAGUGUUAGCGGCCUCCUGCCAAUGUGUGGUGGCGCCCACCCCCCCAUGCUUCAUUUGAAUUCCACACCGAUGCCACCCACGCACGCUUCCUGCCCCGUAGACGGAAACGUGCAGAUCGACUCUGGGAACCACAAGAUUGUCUUCGUGCGACUGUAAUGGAUGGAGAUCGGCGGCACAAUUGGGGUUCAGUCGUCUGAUUGAAAUCACCGGCCACUCACAAACCUCUUCACAACCCCGCCCCCCGCGCGCGCUGCACUCCUGCAGAGAGGUCUGCCAGGUCCGAGGGGCACCGCGAUGUCACGCGUUCGAGAGACAUCUCAGCAGAGUGGCAGCGGCGGCGGCGGCGGCGUCUGCGACGAAAUUGGCUAAUGGCAGUGUGAGCUAAGGAACGGCUGGGGGAAGGGGGGUGGGGUUGUCGAGGCGGGAGGGGGGGGUGGCGAGUUUGGUACAUGACGCUGAUUCGCACCCGGGGGAUAAAAAAAAAAUUAUGUUUGAAAUAAAAUUCGUGGAAGAUUUGGUGGGGUUGGGUUUAUUAUUAUGUAUGUUGAACUCGUCUCGCACCACCGCACGUAGCCUGCCGUGAUAAUCGGGAGUUGCACGUGCGAGAGACAGAGUCACGCGGCGGUGUCUGCACCAGCACCCGCAUUUCAUUGUUGCAUUAUUAACGCGUUCACGAUAUGUAAACAUUCUGUCAUAGGAAUGGUCGCGGGGGAGUGUAUUUUAUUUGGCAAACGAGAAUUACUUGUAUUUGACUUGAAACGCAAUGGCCUAAAUGCCAUUUAACCACCAUCAUCAACGCUAUAAAAUGACAACAUCAGCCCCUCCACCCCGUGACUCUCGGUGGUAGAGACGACGAUUAUCCGCUUCGAGACAAGAGGACGGCGCCAAGACAUUAACGGCAUUUCGUUUUGCUUCCGUUGACACCACGCAUCUUGCGCGACUGCGGUUCUACUAACAAACAAAAACCAAGAGCGAGAUUCGUUUCUCACGCAGGGUUCGAGAAUCAAAAAAAAACAUUCGCCCGCCCCUUGCGUGUCCGUCCUUUUUUUGGGGGGUCACGGAUGGGGGGCAACGUUUUACCCCCCCCCUCCUCCCCCAGCCACGGCGAAAGGCUGCGCGAGGCGUGUCACAAUAGCAACAGCGUCGUACAGACUUCGAACGCACACACACACAGAAAUGUCAAAGAAAACGUGUAAAUAUUAUACAUAAGAAGUGUCAGCGAUAGAGAGCGCCCCCCCCCCCCCCAUUUACCUCUAACUCAUCCCUUUUUUUCUCGAAUAUUUGUUUUGGGGGUUCGUUUGGUCAGCGCGCGAUUUGGUUCACACUUUUACAUAUUUUAAACGAAAACCUCAUGGCCAGAACACGUUGUAUGAUAAGAGCGGACGGGGAAACCCGUCGCAGUAAAUUGUUCCUCGUUUUUUGGUUUAUUGGCGGUGCGUUGACUGAUGUAAAUAACGUGUCUUAUUUCGUUGUCCUGUUUUUUUUUUGUUCCCCGUUGCUCUUCCCUGCGUGUUUAUAUUCACCUUGCGUGUACCGUCGUGGUUGCGACGUGAUGACUCGUGUCGUGUUUAUUGCCCGUCUCGUAAAUAAAAAAAACCCCGACCAACAAAACACGGGAACACAACGACCCCCCUAUCCCCCCCCCCCCCCCCCACACACGCGAACUAGCGCGAUGUACAGGUCAACGCGGCCCUUCGCUCCACGUGGGAGGUGCUCACCGACUCUCCCGACCCCCCCUCGCCGUCUCUGUUAACUCAUCCCAAACAUUACCUCCAUCCCGAAUGUUUGCAACGGCAACAAAAAUAUCUUUAAGAGAUGUACGAGGGUUAUAAUCGCCGCCCCGUUUUCAUCACCACUACGAUGCGUUCCUUAUCCUGUGUCGUGGAGAUGACGUUGGCUUAUUUGCUGCCCGGCGAGCUGAUUGGAGCGAGCCGCGAACGAUGGUGGUAGAGAUUCGUGAAAUAAAAACGCUGUUUCUGAAUGCAAAACUGCCGGAGCACAGUGGCCACGCCUCCCCUCCUCAAGCGAACAUUCAAUUAACCCUCGAUUGUCCGUGGGGUGACGAUGAUCCGCGGUUCCGUAUUCGCUCACCUCUAACUUGCACGCCGGCUUAAAUCGCCGAAGCAGCUCCUCCUCCACUGCUCGAGGGUCAGUGAAGCAGCGCCCCGACGUGACCACACACAAGCUGGCGAGCACACACCGAGUAAGAAACGAUGCAAACGGGGCAACAAUUUGUGUACAUGGAUCAACAAUGCAUAUGUUUUUUCCAGCCUAAUAUACAUGUUUUGAAUUAUCCGUGUGUUUGCUUUAUCCAGGCCAUCUCUCGCCCCCACCCCUUCUCCUCCCCCGCCUCUUAACUCCUGGAUAAUCGAGAGUUGCCUGUAUUUUGUUCUAAACCUUUUGGCUGGGGGGGGGGGGAGUGAUGUGGGGGGGGGGGGUGUUUUGAAGUUCGGCAGUGACAUCGGUGAAUUUAAAAAAAAAAAACUCCCGCCCGGUGAAACCGCUCCGAAAUGUUAAAAGGAAGCCAGUCUGGUUUGUGGAAUGCAGCCAUACAAUAUUUUUGCACGCGCGGGGUUAAGCCAUUCGGUGUCCCGGUAGUGCGCGCUCGUGUGUGUAGGGUUAGACUCUGUUAGAGCAACGCUACCAGGGUUCCACUCGGCUGCGGUGUUCAUCCCACCACGCUCCCGCCUUUCUCCGUUUGCCCCCAAUCUUUUGCAAAUGCAAAUCACGACAUUUGCUGCGCACGUUGCCCGCGCCGGACGGAUUUGGUAAAGGCCGGGAGAGCUGCGCCGUGCCUGUAGUGGCAUUGCCAUGGGACCUGCCUUCGUGAUGCUGCCCCCCCCCCCGGUGGAUUCGAGGAUCGUCAUCCGGGAACGACUUGCUGGUACGGUGGUAUAGCGUGGGCUUGUGCCACGUCCUGGCGUGCGAAAUAUAUAUUAAAAAAUGAACAUUAAAAAUCACACUGUCGGAAGCCCAGAAGUGGAAAUCGUGCCAAGCACGGCCGAGGUGUUUGCCGGUGGCGUCUCCAAACAGCGUGGAAAUGUCACGUGGCCAGUGCAGUCGCAGUUUGGCACUGAAACUCUGCGGCAAUGACCGCAGCACUGACUGGACUGCGCGCUCCGGAAUUUAUAUUCCUUAUAUCAAAAUAUAAUUAUGUAAACUGGGAUAAUUUGGUCUCAAUGGAAAUAAUGGAGGGUUUUUGUUAAUCAAAUGGGGAUACCUGCGCACCCCACUGACCCCCUGAAAGAGCUGGGUAUUUAGAGGUCACGGGGUGGCCAAACCGCGGCUCGCGAGCCAAGCGGAGUCUUCCCAGGCAGCUCGAAGGAGGCGCGGAUACGUACUUUAUUUUUACAUUUUAAUAAAUCAUUUUCAUUUUAAACGGGGGGGAAAAAAAUGUUCUGCGGGACCGGCUUGUACGGGCGCUAACUCGUCCCCCCCCCGGCAGCGGAACCAUCCUUGAACACCCUGGCGGUGUUGCUCCUGCGGAUUCUUAAUUCAGAACUUCACGGCCCAACCAGCCGGCUCGAGCUUCAGCACGAGAGAAUACGCGCGCAAAGUCGCGGCCCUCGGCCAGAGGAAGAUGCCUACGUGUGGCUUAUAGGGUCAGUGGAGAUUUGUCCGCCCGCAUCCCACACCGAGGCUCCUUUACCGAAGAGCCCCUUGAUACCACAGCAAGGGUGCAAUCGGAAUUUCACAGGGUUCCGGUGUCUUGCGGUGUCACUGCCCUGCUGCUUGUGGGGAUCGGGGAUGGGAGUCUGACUCCGUACGUGGUCGUGGGGGGUCUCGGUGAGAGUGGAGUUGUGUUUGUGGCAGGGCCCCUUCCGCUCCCCCCCAGUUUCUCCCUUCUCUGGAGUUACCCCCUCCUCCUUUUACUAAAGUCUUAUAGUGUAGAUGCUUGCUGCUCAAAACUGUAAAAAAAAAUUACAUGCGAUGAAACAUUUUUUGUUGUUAUCGAGUAACACCUACUUCAUGACUGUCGUUACGUUUAUCGGUCACCUGAUAAUUAGACAAACCUGGAAUAAUAAAUCAAUAAAAGGACAAAAAAAAGCAUUA